CUUCCGACGAUUCUUUCGUCUCCACCUUUCCAAAAUCGGUUCAUACUGGCGCUGCGCGAACCGUUUCGUUAACGUAAACAAACGACGCCGCCGCCUCAAAAUGGCCGUAGUACUUAUCCUUCCGCGUUUUUCGUAAUAUACUAGUAGAAUUAGUCCUUGAACCGAGGGAUCCUUUCCAAAAUGUCUGGUACAGCAGAGUUGAUCAAACAUGUGAAGCAGCUUCGCUUGUUGUACGAUCCUUCGGACGAAAAUUACACUGACCAAGCGAAAAGAGAUGAAGCGUGGGCCGAAAUCGCGCAUCACAUGAACAGCACAAUCUCGGAAUUGGAACAAUAUUGGAAGGUACUGGUAGCUAACUACUUGCAAUGUAAAAACCCAAACGCAACGAAGAAUUGGGCAUGGUACGAUGAAAUGGUAUUUCUUGAUGAUUACUUACCAAAGACGCCCAAGAUCGAGCCCGAACAAGAGCCCGAGCCAGAGCCAGAGCCGGAGCCCGAGCUCGAACACGAGCCAGAGCCAGAGCCGGAGCCCGAACGAGAACCGGAGCCCGAGCCCCAACCGGAGAGCGAUGUAGUAGAAAAAGAGACUGGUUCAAUCAAUGCAGUACCGCAUUGCAAAGCAGGCCAGAACAAACCAUUUAUUGUUAGAGCUACCACGGUACCAGGAAUGGGCCCAAGCGUUCAAUCUCGUGCUGUGCCGAGCGCCAAACUGACCAGCCUUAACCAAACAGAGAACCAUUCUUUGGCACCGGCUUUUGAACCGACAAAAGCUUUGCACAGCGACUAUGAUCAAAAUGCAACUGCUGAAGAGAUAGGAAAUCGAUUGUUGUUACAUACGCAAGAUCAAGUCGAAUCUCCUUUGCCCAGCCUGCAACAGCCGGAAAGUGCCAGAAAGCGAAAAACGCCCGAGCAGCUACCACCUACUGAAACGUACAGUAGUGUUUCACAGAUAGGUGAGGAUCGCAAAAAUAAAUCUAGAAUAUCACAAUCAAGGGCACUAGGUCGACCAGGUUCAACACCACAGGCGCAUGGUGUCACGCUAGCAAAAAAUCGUAAAAGACCAGCACCGAAUGAUACCAAUGGAGAGCCAAAGAAACCCGAUGCUACACAGCUGCUUUUCAACAGUUAUGCUGAGCAAUUCAAAAAAUUUAAUCGACGCCUUCAAGGGCGACUGAGUGUUCAGAUAGCACAACUGUUCGCUGCAGCUGAUAACGAGCAGGUCCAGUAUGAGGAGUGUCUAGGUAUAAUUAAGAGUGCAACCGAGACCGAAACCCAGAAACAAAAGGUCUCGACAACGAACAAAACAUCCCGCAUAAGAUAAGUACGCAUAGGUAUUCGUACGCAUUAGUCAUAACCAGAAUGAAAUUAAUGAAAUUAAUGAAAUACAUAAGAAUGAACUUAA